AUGAGUGUGGUUCGAGAGGAUGAAUCUUUGGAUAGCUCUGUAACUGAGGAUUAUCCUAUAAUACAACCAGAAGAGCAUUCUAUAUUGUCUGAAAUUGGAGAUGCAUAUUUUAUAUCGGUGUCAGACCUGAGUCAUUUAUUCAAACAGUGGCUUACUGCCUUGAAAAUAAGGUAUUGGAUCGACUUCGGUAGCAACGUCAACUAUAUUGUAGACUGGUUGAGGAUAACUAGUAAAGAUUCAGACGGCGAUCUAGUAGAGUUAAUAAUUGAUCUUUAUCAAUUUCACGACGAUGAAAAUUCCAGCACCGCGGCAAAUGGCAAACAUCAUCUCUUUACAGUCACUGUUUACAUAGCUGAACAGAUUUAUGGGGUAAGAACGAAUUCAAUAAACUGAAAUCAUUUGCUAAUGAGUUAUGCUUGAGUUCGGAAUUAAACGCCGAAACAAUCAGUUCAUUAUAUACAACUUCCUUUCAUGACACGAGCGAUGUAUACGGAAGCAAGGAGAAACUUGAUUUAAGUAAUGUAUCAUUUGAUGUUUUGAAUGAUGUGGACUCCUCGGAUUGUGAUGAAGAUGUCGAAGGUAUUGAAGAGAAUCUAAUAUUAAAGCAACCUAGUACAAAAUCUCCAAAAGUCAGACGCAGACGAAGCAAAGCACUCUCUUCACCUCGCCACAAUACCACUAAAAUGCCGCCUGGGGCUUGUCAUCGCAGAAAAAUGCAACGAAAAUCAUCCGUUCAUUCAACACUGCCAACUCACAGUAAUGGUUCUAUAAAUCAAAAGCAAAUCAUUGACUUUAUAGAAUCUAUAAGUAAUCGUGUUAACAAAUUGGAACAAUUGAUGAUCAAAAUAGACUCGACUUUGGCUACAACAGACGUAGAAAUACUUGAUAUACAGAGUAACUUAUCAAACACUAAGAAAGAAUUAUCUGAGUCGCUAACUUCCCAUCUAAAACAUGAACUACGUGUUAUCAAAGAUUCGCAAAACAACAAUAAAGACGAGACAAAUAAUCGUUUUGUCAAAGCCGAAACAGAAAUUAAACGACUCCAAGGUCGUAUUGGAUCGUUGGUCGAAGAAAAAUCUCAGUUACUGAAAAGAGUAGCUUUCUUAGAAAAUUCAAAUGCAAAGCUCCAUGAGGAAAUCACAUCCAACCACACCGAACCACAAGAUCAACAAGUUAACAACCAUAUCUCUCAGAGCGAAACCAAGCCACAAGAAGAAAAGGUUCCAGGUGCAAUAGAUUCUACCGCCGCGAAAGCCAGUAACAAAAAUAAUGAAAACCAAGAGCAAGUACAAGAUCAAUCACCAGAAUACGACUUUGUCAUCCUUUGUGAUUCGAACAGAAAGUAUAUCAACGCAGAUCAGCUUUAUCCAAAAGGAAAUAACAAAGUCAUUCCAUGCGGAAAUACAGCCAAAGCUAUUGACAUUUUAACCUCCCCAAGAUUUACGGUGAAGCAUGGCAUCAUUAUCAACACUGGCGUCAAUGAUUUGGAAAGUUUAUCACCCAAAGAUAUAAUCGAAAGCCAAACUUGUCUAGUGAACAUUGCUACAACCAAUUUUCCGGACAAAAAGAUCAUUAUGUCGAGUAUCACACCUAGACGGGACGACCUGGAUAAAUUUGUCUUCGAGGUCAACAAAGCAGUAGCCCAAAACAUUUGUAAAAUCCCUAAUGUCGUUUUGGUGGACAAUGGAAAUUUACGAAGUAAGGAUCAAUUCUACUUUGACACAAAACAUUCGAGUAGGAGACACGGUAUACCCCUAUUUGCAACCAAUUUAAAAAAUGGGAUUCGAAAAUCUUUGGGCAUCAAUAAUCGAAGAAUUUCUGGACAACAUCGAUUUCCAUACCCCAAAUCAAAUCAUGGAUCAAGUUGGAGUGAUGUCGUGAAACAGAACCCCCCACUGAAUAAUUCACCAAAUCAAUCAACCAUAAGUGAAGUUAAAAACCAUCUCGUUGAUCUAACCUCCAUGUUUAAACAAUUUCUACAAACAACUGUCAACCCAUCUGCACAACCGCCAUUUCACAAUUAUCCAGCUCCACAACCAAAUAAUCUAUUUCCCCCCUCUCCGCCACUUUUUCCGCCACCCUUUCCACCAUCAGGAUUAGUUUAUGGUAAUCCACAAUUUGGAACCUAA